AUGACUGUGUGGCAGUUCAUCGAGAAGGUGCACUCCGACAUGAAGAUCACCAUAUCUUCUGGAAAGGCUACGAGAUUCAUGCAUCAAGCCCGUAAGAUGAUUGAAGUGGACUUGGUGAGACAAUACAAGCGAUUGCAAGAUUAUAGGGCAGAAAUUCUAAGGAGUAAUCCUGGUAGCACUGUUGUCUUAUCGACCCAUCGUCUUACUGAUGGGACUAACAAGUUUAAAGGGAUAUAUAUAGCUUACGAAGCAUGUAAGAUCUCGUUCAAACGCCAUUGUCGCCGCUUAGUAGGGCUAGAUGGGUGCCAUCUCAAAGGCCAAGCCAAGGGAAUACUUCUGACAGCCGUCGGGCUCGACCCGAAUGAUCAAAUAUUUCCAAUCGCACAUGCCGUUGUUCACAUUGAAAACACGGAGAUAUGGACUUGGUUUCUGGGACUUCUAGUCAUGGAUCUGGAGAUAACUGACUCCAGCAAAUGGACAUUUAUAUCAGAUAAACAGAAGGGUCUGAUUGCCGCUAUGCGGGCCUGCGUUGAGCAUGCCGAACACCGUAUGUGUGUUUGGCAUAUGCACAACAAUUUCAAGAAGCAGUUUCCUUCGUCAAAGUUGAAGGAUAAAAUAUGGGAGGCAGCUCGGGCUACCAACACUUAUGGAUUUGAUGAGGUUUUAUUGGAAAUCAAGAAUCAAAGUCAAGGCGCAUACAAAUGGUUGAUGGAGCACACAAGGAAGGAGAAUUGGAGUCGAGCCUUCUUCGGGUUCGAUGCAAAAUGUGACAUCCUUGUCAAUAACAUUUCCAAAUGUUAUAACAAGGUGUUACUAUUUGCUCGUCAGAAGCCGUUGUAUGCGAUGCUAGAGUGCAUCCGAAUGUACCUGAUGGAUAGAUUUACAACAAGGAGGAAGAUGGGUGCCAAAAUGGAGGAUGUGUUUGGGCCGAAAAUCCGUAAGAAGCUCGAAAAGGCAAAACAGAAAAUGGGAGAAUGUAUGGUAAGGGAGGCUUCCGAGUGGAUCUAUCAAGUGAAUACAGCUCGAGAUGAGCAAUUUUCGGUUAAUCUGAGGGAGCGAACGUGCAGCUGCAGGAGAUGGAUGUUGACGGGGAUACCUUGUCCACACGCAAUUGCUGCUAUAGAGACGACAUCAGAGAACGUAGAUAGCUUCGUCUCCAAUAUAUACUGCAAGGCUACGUUCCAACAGGUCUACGCCCCCAUCAUCUACCCGGUGCUGGGUCCACAAGUGUGGAAGAGGACCGAGUAUCCUGAUAUUGUGCCACCCGAGAUUACCAAACUGUCUGGACGUCCCAAGGGUGCUAGACAAAAGACCGUUGAAGAGACAAGACAAAUAACAAGAGCCAAGGCUCGGGCAGCUCGGAAAGUGCAUGUUAGAGAACAAGGAGAUGGAUUUAUGACGAUGUCUAGGAAAGAAUUAAUGUCGGAUUAUAAGUGCCGACUUUAUGGUGCAGUCGGCCACAACAAAAGAAGUUUUCGAGAGCGCCAGUCAGCGGCAUCAACGAGCAACCCGAAACCUACACCAGGCAAGAAACAAAAGCGGUCCGAAGAGCAGCCAAAAUGUGCAUUGUGUCGCCAACCCGGCCACAACAGGGCACGUUGUAUGAGUGCCAUAGCUGACAUGUAUGCGAAUCCGGCAUCUUCGGCGACGGGUGACAACUAA